CCCAGCCCACUGGCGGUGCCACGGCACCCUCCUUCUGCAGCCAGGCUGUGGGGGGGGCUGUGGCGGGGGGCAGCCCCCCCCCCGCCUUGCCAUCGCUCCGUUGCCUUGCCAACGCGGUGCUGGCCUUGUCCCUCGCUCAGCCGCUGUCACCACUGGGCCUGGCAGCACCCGGCACCUGCAGUGCUCUCUGUCGCAGCCCGGCCCCCAGAGGCAGUGGCAGCAGGGACGGGGACAGAGGUGGCCCUGGGGCUGCGACUUGGUGGCCCCCACGGACGGGCAGCAGGAGUGGUGGCCGUGCUGGUGGAAGCGGCUCAGAUCCCCGUGGGAUAACCCAAGACAAAGAGGGUGCAGGCCGGCAUGGACGGGGCUCCGCCAUCCGCCAGCCCCGCCGGGCUCUCGGCAUACGUGGCCGUGUCGCAGCUGCUGGGCCUGACGCUGCUGGCGGCCACGGGAGCGUGGCUGGGCCGCUACCGGGGUGGCGUGGCCUGGCAGGGCCAGCUGCAGUUCAACGUCCACCCACUCUGCAUGGUGCUUGGCAUGGUUUUCCUCCAAGGUGACGCUCUUCUGGUCUACCGGGUGUUCAGGAACGAAGCCAAGCGCUCCACCAAGACCCUGCACGCUCUGCUCCACGGCCUGGCGCUGGUGAUCGCCCUCGUGGGCAUCGUCGCGGUCUUCGAGUCCCACCGUGCCAAGGGCAUCGCCGACAUGUACAGCCUGCACAGCUGGUGCGGGAUGGCUGCCUUCGUGCUCUACCUUGUGCAGUGGCUCCUGGGGUGCGGUUUCUUCCUGGCCCCCGGCGCGUCCUUCUCGCUGCGCAGCCGCUACAAGCCCCAGCACAUCUUCUUCGGCAUCGCCCUCUUUGCCCUCUCCAUCGCCACCUGCUUGCUGGGCAUCACCGAGAUGCUGCUCUUCAACAUCAGGGACUCCUACAGCCAAUUCGUGCCCGAGGGUGUCCUGGCCAACACCGUGGGGCUGCUGCUGGUGGCCUUCGGGCUGGUGGUGGGCUACGUGCUGACGCGGGACGAAUGGAAGCGCCCGCCGCUGGCCGAGGAGCUGGCCCUCUCCAUGGACUUCAAGACCCUCACGGAGGGCGAGAGCCCCGGUGGCAGCCAGUGACAGCCCCAGCUCCCCUGUCCCCAGCAGGGGUGGGUGUCGGAUGUCCCUGCGCCCCGCCACCCAUCUUCGUGCCCGGUGCCGGUGGGCAGAGCCUUUGCUCGGGGCUCCGUGCAGCUCCCAGGACCCCCCCCCCCAUGCACCCCGAGCAUCCCCUGACCUGCGUGGGGACGGAGUUGCCGCUGCACACAGGGUCCCCAGGCUCUGCCCUGGUGACCUCAGGCUGACAGCCUGCAUUUCCCUGCCGUGAAGCUCCAAAGCCCAAAGCCCAUCCCCAUUUCUUUACGCCAAAUGGAUCUGACGGUGCCGAUCACGAAGAUUUUUUUACUUGUUUUCAGCCUGCACCCCUCCAGUGUGGCCACGUGCCGGGGCUGAGGCCACCAAAGGUUCCCAGAGCAACGUCAGUGCAACUUUAAUGGGUUUGUGUUCCCUUCUUGUGCAAUGUGUUGUCUGCAGAGUGGAUGCUCCUGACCUAAUAAAUAUUUGCAGCUAACCCUGCCCGGCUCCCAUCUGU